GCGCAGUGCUCUCUUCCCCCGCAGUCUCUGUGCGUUGAAGCCGGAGACCGCGGCGGCCUCUGUUAGGACCCUCCGCCCCAGAGCCGCCGGCCGGAGCCGCAGCCUCAGCCGCAGCGCCCCCGCCGCCUGUCCCCUCCCCCGCCGCCUCCGCCGGAGCCAUCUCGCGCACUCUGGGGUAUGGCCGUCAAUGUGUACUCCACGUCUGUGACCAGUGAGAAUCUGAGUCGCCAUGAUAUGCUCGCGUGGGUCAAUGACUCCCUGCACCUCAACUAUACCAAGAUAGAGCAGCUCUGCUCAGGGGCAGCUUACUGCCAGUUCAUGGACAUGCUCUUCCCUGGCUGUGUGCACUUGAGGAAGGUGAAGUUCCAGGCCAAGCUAGAGCAUGAAUAUAUUCACAACUUCAAGGUGCUGCAAGCAGCAUUCAAGAAGAUGGGUGUUGAUAAAAUCAUUCCUGUAGAGAAAUUAGUGAAAGGAAAAUUCCAAGAUAAUUUUGAGUUUAUUCAGUGGUUUAAGAAAUUCUUUGACGCAAACUAUGAUGGAAAGGAUUACAACCCUCUGCUGGCGCGGCAGGGCCAGGACGUAGCACCACCUCCUAACCCAGUUCCACAGAGGACGUCCCCCACAGGCCCCAAAAAUAUGCAGACCUCCGGCCGGCUGAGCAACGUGGCUCCACCCUGCAUCCUCCGGAAGAAUCCUCCAUCAGCCCGAAACGGUGGCCAUGAGACCGAUGCCCAGAUUCUUGAACUCAACCAGCAGCUAUUGGACUUGAAGCUGACAGUGGAUGGGCUGGAGAAGGAGCGCGACUUCUACUUCAGCAAACUCCGAGACAUUGAGCUCAUCUGCCAGGAACACGAAAGUGAGAACAGCCCUGUCAUCUCGGGCAUCAUCGGCAUCCUCUACGCCACCGAGGAAGGAUUUGCACCCCCGGAGGACGAUGAGAUCGAGGAACACCAACAGGAAGACCAGGACGAGUACUGAGGGGGGCUCCAGCCCGGGCUGACUGCACGGCUGCCGCGCCCCUCACCCCGCUCCCGUGCCCACAUUAUAAUCCUUCCCUGACAGCCAGCUGGCCGGGUGCUUUGUGUCAGUGCCGUGGCCCCGGGGCGCCUGGCGAGCAGGGCUUGGGGGUGGGGGGCAGGCGAGCAGGCAGAGGCCCCUCCUCCUGUGGCAGAGGCCCACCUGGGCGGGAUCCCUGCCCACUCCCCACCCCUAUUUAUUUCCCUGGUCUCUGUGCUGUGUCGGCCAACACUUCCCAGGGGGCUGCUGCCACCCACCCCAGACAGCCGCCUGCUCCCCUGACAGCCAGCAGCUGUAUAUUUGACAAAGUCAUUGGUAUAUUUUUACUUACUGGAUUUUCCUUGCACUUUACCUGUUCUUUUCCCAGGGCUGGCAGCACGGGCUCCGGGGCAGCGUGUCUGGCCUGGCCUCCCUUCCCCGUUGCCAGGGCUGUGGCAGGACUCACCGAUUCUUAUUUAUUUUGCCUUUUGACUUCCCAGUAGUUGAGGGAAAGGCUGAUGUCAGGAGAGGGAUAGGGUGACUGGGGAGGGGGUGCCUUAGGCCCCGGUGGUCAGGGAGAGUGAGGGGAGCACGUGAGGGAUGAAAAUGACCUCCUGGCACCAGGCUCGCCCACCCUCGGCCCCCUGCCCCCAGCACCGAAGCCCAGCACUGCCCCGAGGUCCCCAGCCACUCCCCCUGCAGCUUGGUUCAUACCACACAUUCUCCGCCUGGACCCUCCUGUGCGUCUGCCUCCCCUCUGCCCGCCUCCCCAACCCCUGCCCCUCGGGCCACACAGCCUGCAUAUGUGUUCACUUUUAUUUAAAUAAACUUGUGUGGUAAAAGUCCA